AUGAUCAAACUCGCCAACUUCAAGUCAAACCAAGCUUUCAAACUCCUCUGGCUGAUACAACCGCCUGAUACCGGUGAAAACCUUCGCCUCCUCUGUUAUAUUCAGUGUGUCAGUGGAGGACUUCCAAACAUGAACUCUAACAAAGUCCUCAGGGAGCUCAAAUCUUGCAGAUACCAUCUUUACACGUUCUGGCUGUUCAUCUUCAGCGAUUUGAAAACCAUCGUCGUACCAAGUACUAUUUUCGGAAUCACAAAUGGUUGGGCCGCACCAAAAUACGGUCUGCACGCUUCCAGUCAGCUUGUACGCCCUCAGAAUACCAUCGAACUUCUAAGCUUGAUUGGCAGAGGCCUGAACGUCUUGGUAUGGGUCGUGAUAAACUUUAUCCCGUUCGCCAUCAACAACCAGCGCGGCCAACGGGCAGUCGCUGAGGAUCUCCUCAACAAGCCCUGGCGACCCUUUCCAAGUCAUCGAAUUUCCCACAAAUACGCCACACGGAUCAUGGUAGCGCUGUAUAUAUUCGUACCCUUGUAUAGCAUGAUCUUCAGCGGAGGAAACCGACACUCUGUCUUAUUAAUAAUCCUGGGAUUGUGGUACAACAACUGUGGUGGCGCAGACAAUGGCCCGAUAGUACGAAACGUCACCAAUGCGCUGGGCUAUACAUGUUUUGUAUCCGGGGCAAUGGAAGUGUUCCUGGGCGGCUCUGCUCUGCCCCUCCAUCCUGGGGAGUUGUUGGGACGAUGGCAUCUUGUCAUUACUGCUGUUAUCUUCUCAACUGUUCAUCUGCAGGAUAUGUCCGACCAGCCUGGUGAUGCACAGCGUGGUCGUCGCACAGCCCCUCUUGUGUGGGGUGAUGGUUUUGCUCGGUGGACGAUCGCUGUGCCAUUGGUCACUUGGGGGAUAGCUUGCCCUAUGUUUUGGGGUGUUUCUUCGCUCUGGUAUUUUCUGAGUGCUGGUUUAGCAUGUACAGUGGCUGUGCGCGUUUUAGUUGUGCGUGGAGUGCCUGGGGAUCAGAAGACGUUUCGUACGUGGAAUUGGUGGAUUGCAGUAGUAUAUAUGUUGCCGCUUUUCUCGGAGCUAGACUCGACAGAAGGGAUUGAUUGA